UUCAAUGGCAAACUCAACACACUCAAUUACACCACCAUGAUUGCUUUCGGAUAUACAGUCAGAAUGAACUGGGAUCUGCCACACGAUACAAAAAAUCGAUUUUUGUUCUUCAAAAGGGAUAUUCACGAAGAUAUUGAUGAUAUACCAGACCGAUUGGCUUCUCAAGGAUUUUCCUGCGUACUCAACCACGUUUGCAAAAUAGUUUCGACAUUCAAGGAAUUUGAAUCUUGUGGAUUUUUCUGUGAAAUUGGCAAAAUAAUUUCGAGGGAAACUGGACUGGAAGCAAACUUCUUUAAGAAUUUAAUUAGUAGAUGUGACUAUUACGAGAAAAUAUGCCCUCAUCACAAUCCUCCGGUAACCGUCGUUAGUUAUGGUUGAAGACAUUUUAUAAAUUGAAUAAAUAAAUGAAUAUUGGUG